AUGGAGUCCUUGGUGGUUUUUCUGCUGCUGAUUUUUCUGCCCGGGCUUUGGUCCCUGGCCGGGAUCGCCUGUCGCAUCGCCGUGCAGCAGAGUGUCCAGGUGACCUAUCUGUACCGCUGUACCAGCUGUCCUUCGGCCUCUGACCCGGAGCACUCUCCUCUGGACCUGGAGCUGUAUCGCUGUGUGGGCAGCAGAUUGCCCAUGAUAACCAGGAACAUUGAGGCCCACGAGUUGGAACCACUGCGAAACACGGACAGCCUGAGCAUCUUCCACAUUCCAGCGGGGGAAAAGGGGGAUUCCCUGGUCCGCCGCAUCCUGGAGAUGUUGAAUCCCCGCCAGCCACGAAAGCACCUGCACAAGUACCUGUUUAUUUGGCCCGAGGCUGGGAGUAAUCAGUUACAGCGACUUUUUCAAGGCAGCUGGUCCAGGAAACUGCUCUACGGAUUGGCCAUAACCCACAAGGAUAAUGGUAUCUUCGACUUUGAUCCCUUUGCAGAGGGUGGUCUUCAGGUGUUCCAGCUAAAGAGACAGGAUUCAUAUUAUCCCCUAAAAAUGAAGAACUUGAGGGGCUACCCGCUGCGAUUCUCCAUGUUCACGGAUCCCCUGGUGGCGGUGCCCAUGCAUCCCGUCGAGACUGCUGGCUACAAGGCGGUGGAUGGAGUGGCCGCCCGAGUGGCCGCCGAGAUGCUGAAUGCCUCGGUGACCUACGUCCUGCCGGCUGAUAACGAAUCCUAUGGACGCUGCCUGCCGGAUGGAAACUUCUCGGGAGUGGUUCGCGAUAUAGUGGGUGGCCAGACCCACUUUGCUCCCAACUCCCGCUUCGUGCUCGACUGCAUUUGGCCCGAGGUGGAGGUGCUGUAUCCCCACACCCGACGAGUACUCUACCUGGUGGUUCCCGCCUCCGGAGUUCAGCCGGAGUACCUGAUCUUCGUGCGCGUCUUCCGGCGAUCCGUGUGGCACCUGCUCCUGCUCACCCUCUUGGUGGUGGUGCUGGUCUUCUGGGUGAUGCAGCGUCUCCAGAAGGGGAUUCCCCGCCGGGGAGUAACCCAGUUCCAGGCCACCUGGUACGAGAUCCUCGAGAUGUUCGGCAAAACCCAUGUGGGCGAGCCGGCAGGAAGGCUCUCCUCGUUCAGCUCGAUGCGCACCUUCCUCAUGGGCUGGAUCCUCUUCAGCUACGUCCUGACCACCAUCUACUUUGCCAAGCUGGAGUCCGGAUUCGUGCGACCCAGCUACGAGGAGCAGGUGGACCAGGUUGAGGGUCUGGCCCACUUGGAUGUGCACGUGUAUGCGGUGACCACCAUGUAUGAUGCAGUACGGCAAGCCUUGUCGGCGCACCAAUAUGGUCUGCUGGAGAACCGGAGCCACCAGUUGCCGCUGGCCCUGACCACGUCCUAUUACCAACUGGUGGUCAGCCGAAGGGAUUGCAAAGGCGCCUUUAUAAUGCGGGACUUCCAUGCCCGGGACUUCCUGGCCCUCACCUACAACACACAGGCGGAGCGACCCGCCUACCACAUGGUCAAGGAGUACCUGCGCUCCAUGAUAUGCACCUACAUCCUGCCCCGGGGAUCUCCCUUCCUGCAUCGCUUCGAGUCCCUGUUCAGUGGCUUCCACGAGCACGGCUUCUUCGAGCACUGGCGGCAAAUGGAUCUGAUCAGCCGGGACGGAACCUCGCCGAAUGCAGAAGAGUUCUUCGACGAUCUUGGCGACCAGACGGACACGGAUCCCGCCUCCGGCGAGGCGGCAGUGCGUCACAAGAAGCGGGUGGUGCUCACUCUGGACAUCCUGCAGGGCGCCUUCUACCUGUGGUCAGUGGGCAUUGGGGUCAGCUGCUUGGGAUUCGCCCUGGAGCAGGCUCAUUGGGUUUGGAUGAGACUAAGGAUGCAGCAAGAAACCUUGUAA